CGUCUAUUGUCUAUGGCAUCAUUCUGCUUUUUUGAGAAAGUGGCUUUCUAAAUGGCUCUUUUGGCAUUUAUUUCGUUAUUAUUCAUUAUAAACUGUGAAUGAAUAUUACAAAUUGAAGAAAUUGUGGCUAUCCCGUGUUAUAGUGCAGUGUGACUAUAGUGGCACGAUUAUUUGAAUAAACCUAGAGGAAACUAAAUAAUUUAGAAAGCAACAUGGAAGCAUUGACAGUUCCGCCAUGAAUGCAAAAUAAAUAGAAAUUCUGAAGGAGGUGGAAGUUGGACAAAGCAUAUUUGAAUCUUCACAAUGUUGAGAGGUGGACGCGGCCGUCACAGUCCAGAGCUGUACCCUCACACAUUAAAGUGCUCUAACGCAAGUGAUACCAGCUCUGCCUACAGUGGCAGUGACACUAUGACAUCGGUUCACAGUUCACUUGACAUGGACUUAGAGGUAGAUCUCUCUGGGCUCCUAGAGUCUAUUGUAGACUCUGAUGAGGAAGAAGACUUAGAAGAGAGCAUGGACAGCCUCACCGUCCGUGAUGCUGUCAGAGAAUGCCUUGAGAAAGAUCCAAAUGAACGAACUGAUGAAGAUGUAGAAAUACUCUUGGAAUUCACUCAACAUCUUAAAGCCUUUACAAACAUGACCCUGACAGUGAGAAGAGCUUUGUGUGCAGUAAUGGUUUUUGCUGUUGUUGAAAAGGCAGGGACUAUUGUUAUGAAUGAUGGAGAGGAACAUGACUCAUGGUCAGUACUAAUUAAUGGUCAAGUUGGUAUUGAGCACUCAAAUGGAGACAUAGAAUAUCUCAAUGUUGGAGACAGUUUUGGAAUGGCUGAAGCUACCCUUGAGAAAUUAUACCAUAGAGGUAUUAUGACCACAAGGUGUGAUGACUGUCAGUUUGUAUGUAUAACACAGACUGACUAUUAUCGUAUAUUACAUCAAGGAGAAGAAAAUAUAAAACGCCAUGAAAAUGACCUUGGCAAUGUCGUACUAGUAACUGAAUAUAGAGGGUUGACAGGUGACUCUGGUCACCAGCAGGGACAUGUGGUAAUUAGGGGAACCCCUGAACAACUAAUGCAGCAGCUCAUUCAAGACAAUGCUCGUGAUUCCACAUAUGUUGAAGAUUUCUUGCUAACACAUAGAACAUUUAUAGAAAGUCCUCUAGUUGUGGCAAAACAACUUCUUGCCUGGUUUUCUGAACCUUCAAUCCGUGACAAAGUCACUAGAGUUAUAUUGCUGUGGGUCAAUAACCAUUUCACAGAUUUUGAAACAGAUCCCACUAUGAUGGAAUUCCUUGAGAAUUUUGAAAAUGCUUUGGAACAUGAAAAGAUGGAAAGUCAACUGAGACUAUUAAACAUUGCGUGCUCUGCAAAAGCACGAACUAGGAGUGUUACACUAUCGCGCCCAACAAGAGAUGAACCUUUAAAUUUCUCAAUUCUCGGUGGCUAUGAAAAAGGUUAUGGGAUCUUUAUAUUAAAAGUUGAAAAACAUUCUAAAGCAGAGGAAGUAGGAUUAAAAAGAGGUGAUCAAGUCAUAGAAGUUAAUGGCCAAUCAUUCCAACAUGUCAGUGGUGCAAAAGCAAUGGAAAUUAUUAAAGGUUCCACACAUUUGAGUAUUACUGUAAAGAGUAAUUUAUUGGCUUUCAAGCAAAUGUUAUUGAUGCCUGAGAACUCACCAAGACAGAGAGGGUGCACAAAUAUGGUACGCUGGCAAAUGGACCCCAGAGCUCGAUUAUCUACAGCUGAAUUAUUAAGUGAUGAGCCAAUUAUUCUGUCACAUCAAAUGUUUCAAUCUCCCACCAAAAAACCUCAGCAACUAAGCAUAAAGAAAGAACCACAAAAAGGCUUCAUGACACUUGGGCCUAAGAGAAGACUACAGAAAGCUUUAAUGAAAAUGAACAUUUUACCUAAGAACACUAUAAAUGAUGGGUUACACACUGAUGACAGCAUCCUCUCAAAUUCAGAGUCUUUAAAUAAAGCCAAUAGUAGCACUUCAUUUUAUAAUUCUCAUAGCAACCCUGACUUGAUAUCAAUAUGUUAUGAUGAGUAUCAGUCAUCAGAUUAUCCUGAACAUGUAUUAAAAGUAUACAGAGGAGAUCAGACUUGCAAGUACCUGUUAGUACACAAAGAAACAACUGCUAGAGAAGUUGUGAUGUUAACAUUGCAAGAGUUUGGAAUUACAGAUCCCAGCUCAAAUUUUUCAUUGUGCGAGGUAUCGGUUGCUCAAGGUAGCAUCAUUAAACAGCACCGUUUACCAGACCAGCUUCAGAAUCUAGCUGAACGUAUUGGCCUCAGUUCUCGUUACUACUUGAAGACAAAUGGGGUCAGUGAAACUUUAGUACCUGAUGAAAUGGCUCCUGAACUCCUAAGGGAAAGUGUAGUCCAUUUCUUGCAGUUAAAUGCUGUGGAAGUAGCAGUACAACUAACUUUGCAAGAUUUUUGUAUCUUCCGUCAGAUCGAAAGUACAGAAUAUGUUGAUGAUUUAUUUGAGCUAAAAAGUAGAUAUGGCACGCCUAUGUUAUCGCAGUUUGCCGAGCUGGUAAACAAAGAAAUGUUUUGGGUGGUCACUGAAGUUGUGAAUGAACAAAAUAUAGUUCGUCGAUCCAAGAUUAUAAAACAAUUCAUAAAAGUUGCUCGGCAUUGUAAGGAAUGCAAGAACUUUAAUUCCAUGUUUGCAAUCAUAUCAGGAUUGGGGCACGGGGCUGUUUCCAGAUUGAGAAUGACUUGGGACAAAUUACCUACUAAAUACUAUAAAUUGUUCACUGAUUUGCAAAUGUUGAUGGAUCCUUCAAGAAAUAUGUCUAAAUACAGACAAUUGGUUACAACUGAACAAGGAAGAUCACCAGUGAUUCCAUUCUAUCCCGUAGUAAAAAAAGACCUGACUUUUAUUCACCUUGGAAAUGAUACUAAAGUGGAAGGCAUGGUGAACUUUGAAAAAUUAAGAAUGAUUGCAAAGGAAGUUCGGACACUUACAAACAUGUGUAGCUCUCCAUAUGAUCUUCUGACAUUGCUGGAACUAGGCAAACAACCACCAUCUACUGCAAUGAUGGCUUUGAACCAACUGACCACUGGAGGAGUGCAGCAGGGCCAAGUUACAGUAAAGAGAAGGAAGAAAUCAUCAAAUGUUCCAAAUCCUAAGAAAAUGUUUGAAGAAGCACAAAUGGUACGAAGAGUCAAAGCUUAUUUGAAUAGUAUGCAUGUCGAGACUGAUGAAGAUCGCCUUCAUGCAUUAUCUGUAGAAUGCGAGGGUAUGGGGCCGGCCCCUGUGAUGCCUCGCCGACGACACCCAUCUCCUUCCCUCUCGACGACCAGCAGCGCGUCAUCUGCCAGUGAAAGUAAAAAGAGCUUCGCUGGAAAUAAAUUCGGAGCGGCUUCUCCCCAAGCCGUGAGGAAGUUGCUAGCUCUUUCGGAGCCUGCGAAAACUAGACCUCAUCAGCCCCGGCCGCCGCCGCCGGGCCCGUCGCCGUGCUCGCACCGGCGCGACGGGCCGGCGGCCGGCAUCUGCUGCCCGCGCACGGCGCACGAGCGCUCGCACUCUGACACGCCCACGCCGCUGCCCGUGGACCUGUCGGCGGAGAGCAGCAGCGUCACGUCGCUGGUGAACCUGCCGCUGCGCAAGACGGGCUCGGCCACGUCCAGCGACAGCGGCCACGGCUCGUGCACGGCGGGCUGCGCGCGGCCCGUGCCGCCGCCGCGCAUGCCGCAGCCGUACUCGCUGGCGGCGCAGGUGGCGCGCCUGGAGCGCCUCAGCCGCGCGCACUCGCACGAGGGCGUCACCAGGCCCUACGACUACUAUCACGACGCUCCGGACGAGGAUGACGAUGAUCAACAGGUGUCAGCUGUUUAAAUUUGAAUACUCUUAACUGAAUCGAUGUCUAUUUAUAUACCUAAUUCACAAUUUUGUAAUCUCACUCGAAAAUAGGAAGCACGAGUUUUAUAAAUUUCUUAUUAUAUUGCUAUGAAUUAAAAUUGUGUAUGUAUCCCUACAAACUAAGUCUAAAGACUGUAUAAUUAAGAAAAUAUCCUAGUGUUAUAUAGUGUAAAAUUUCAUAUUUUUUAAGUAAUAUCUCUUUAACAUUUAAUUAUUAUAAUGUGACCCACCAUUUUCCAGUUUUGCCUAGACUUGUUUGAUGUAAGUGUACCAAUUGUGAUUUAUUGUAGUGUAUUCACUUUGGUAUCUCUACAUUCCGUUAAUUGUAAAAUAUUAUUAUAUUAAUAAUUCUUCAUUAUUUAUAUUUGUGGAACUUAGACCAAAUAAUAAUGAAUGUACCUUUUAACAUUUAUAAUUCAAUUGAUAAAAAAUAUUUUAUGUUGUAGUAUUUUGUGGUAGCUUCGCGGACCAACAAUGGGUUUGAAUGUUAUUUCUCACGGUAGCAGCUCGAAUCAUGUAUCAUGUUUUUAUUAUUAUUAUGAUUGUAAAUAAUAAAAAUAUAUUAAUUACAUACUUAUGAAAAGUUUAUUGUUAUUUACACGCAUUGUUAUCUGAAUUGUGCUAGGUAAUCUUGUUCGAGCGGAUGUAGAUCGGGGGCGGGUAUGACGAGGCUGUGGAGCGGCGCGCCGAGAUCGCAGUGUUGCAUCACGGACAGAGGCCGCACUGCGAUACGCUGCGCGGCGUCGCCCACCCGCGACAGCCCCACACACAAGCUGUCUUUACUGAUCCCUGAAAGUAUUACAAAUCACACUAUGUAUUGGUUAAAACUGCAUAAAUUCGUAAAAUCAACAUUUUUGGAAUUCAACAUUACUGAAAUUCAACAUUUUUGGAGUUCAACAUAAUGGUCCAGAAGGAACAAUCCAUGCAUCAGUUCUUCACAGACGCGACAGUGGACUUUGUUUUAUAAUAUGUAAGGAUGAUGGUUAUGUAAAUUGGCAGAAAAAACAAGUGUUUUGUGAGUAGUGCAGUGGGUAUGAUUCUCAAAGAUACUGGAAUAUCUGAUAUUACCUGUAUCAGGUUUGUUUUCUAUGAUUUGCACUAAUUGAUUGGCAGCCUCCUUGACUGACAUGAAUUUUGGGUCCAUAUACUGCCUAACUUUCUUAGUUAAAGAUUCUUCUGUAGGUUCUUUCACUUUAAUAUCU